CUGCAAAAUCAUAAUGCUGUUUCUUACUUUUCUUAAUAAUAACAACAGCUUUUGUUGUUGUUGUUGCAUCUUUCUCUCUCUAUAGUGAUUCAGAAGAGAGAGAGAGAGAGAUUAGUUACCUACCAAAGUAGAGUAACACUUAUUUUUCACACACCUUUGGUUCAUAAAGACUCAAACUUUCUUCAUAAAAACUUGGUGGGUGGUUAUUAAUGAUCCUUGCACCAGUUCUUCAUUACAUGAAGAUUCUCAACUUGGUUGUUAAAAAAUGUUGGUGAAUGAGGAGGACAAGUUUCAUGUUGUGGAGAUAGAGAACAAUGGUUGCCACCGGAGUAGCGAGGGUGACUCCGGUGACAGGUCAGAUGAGGAAGAAGUGAAAAGGUCGGAGAUUGUGGGAGUGGAUGAGAAACAAAGAGGCUCCACUGAUUCAUCAGAUGAAUCUGUGGAGUUGGAUCUGGAUGGUGUUGUGGUAGCGUCUGAUGUUGAUGUUAAGGUGCAUUUGGAUAAGGUGGAGAGAGAUUGUAGGAUUUGUCAUCUUAGUAUGGAUAUGACAAAUCAUGAAUCUGGGAUUCCUAUGGAGCUUGGAUGCUGUUGUAAAGAGGAUUUGGCUGCUGCUCAUAAACAUUGUGCUGAGGCUUGGUUCAAGAUUAAGGGAAACAAAACUUGUGAAAUCUGUGGAUCAGUAGCACACAAUGUAGCUGGUGCUUUUGAAGUUCAAACGACAGAACAGUUGAAUGAAGCAAGUGAUCCCUCUAUGGUACUACCAACUGGACCUUCACCGCCAAUCGAAACUCGAAAUUUUUGGCAGGGACACCGGUUUUUGAAUUUUCUUCUAGCAUGUAUGGUGUUUGCAUUUGUUAUAUCAUGGCUUUUUCACUUUAAUGUCCCCUCUUGAAUUCUUAUGUAACUUGAAGAUGAAGCAAAGGUAUCAUGAUAGAGGGUUAUUAACUCAGGUAAUAUCUCUCCAUAGUUUGAUUUGGAGCUGUUUUUUUUACAUAUGUGUAUUUUUGAUGUAUUAUUUAUCUUAUUUUGUUCAACCUACAAUAGUAUCAAAGGUUGUUUCCUUUUAUGUAACAUCGAUGCUUCAUAUCAAAGACGUGUUUAGUGUUGGACAGGGUCAGUGCCCGAUACUAACAUGAUAACACACGAGGUUAUGUAUAUUAUUCUAGAUUUUCAAAUUAUUACAGAUGUUGAUGUUA